AUGGGUCAACCUGAGCCGCCGUCGUCCCUCGACAAUUCGUGCUCUGUCAUUCAUGACAACACUCUCUACGUCUACACGCCUGAGGCGUUUCUUUCGAUUCGCUUGGAGGAAGGAGCUGAAUGGGAAGAGUUGAGCUACGGUGAAUCCGUAGAGGGCGCCACAUGCGUUGGCGCAUCGCCGCCGGACCCCAAUGCUGCUGGUUUUUGGGUAGUGGGGGGCGCAGGUGGCUCAACAGGUCUGCAAAAGUACACAUUCUCCUCCAGAGAAUGGUCUUCACCAACUCCACGCGAUGAUGUCGUCAAAGAUCGCCAGCACCAUAGCUCUGUAUACAUCAAAGCCAAUGAUGAGAUCUUGGUUUUCGCCGGAACAAGGGAUGGCUCAGCUUCCGCCACACUCGAGACGUUCUCGAUUGACGCGUCAGAGCCCUUUGGCGUGUCGAGUCACGAUCCCAACGGCGCUCCCAACGCCGUGCGCCCCUAUCUCCUCAGGUGGACCGAUGCGGAUGCCGUAAUGGUUGGCGGUGGAGCCGAGAACACCAAGGUCUUCCUGUUCAAUCCUACUGCUGGGUGGAGAGACUUUGGGGCCAGUCUCGCAGACCCUAUCACCAAGGACGCCAGUCAGGUCGGGGCCGCCAUCGCCCAUGGCUCCGAUGGCUCGCAAAACUUUUACCUGUUCGAUAUGUCUGAAUCGCCCAACAAGGUCACGCGUGCCGUCCUGCAGGACGGCUCUGGCACACCAAUUCUCAACUCGCCAACACUACUCGAGCGAAGCCUAGAAACACGUCAGGAUGGCAGCGCGUGGCCUUCCUAUAAUGAUACCCUGGCGCCUGAGGCAACUCGUCAGAACUUUGGCAUGGCUCAAGGCUCCGAUGGCAUGAUUGUCUUCACUGGGGGUAAUGACCAGGAGCCUCUAGGCAUGUUCAAUGGCCUUGAGAACAAAUGGAUGAACGCAACUGACCUCCUUGUCGAGGAGAAGGUCAAGGCGCUGAGUCUGAGCAGUAGCAGUACCCGCACGUCCACGUCCUCUGCCUCGACCUCCACCUCCACCUCCAACGAAUCCUCGUUCCUGUCCACGACCAUGUCGACGACCACGUCUACUUCGGCAGACAUUUCCUCCACAGUCUCUGAGACCGCGGCCGCUUCGACGACGGACGCUGCUGCAAGCGGCUCUAAUGACCAAGGUAGCGAUGAUGGUGGCUUGGGCACUGGCGUUGUCUUGGGCAUCACAUUGGGUUCGAUUUUCGCCUUCCUAGUUAUCCUUGCUUUGGCACUCUUUUGCUUGCGCCGCAGGAGGCUCAAUCACCACAAGGCUGCUGCCGCUACAGGUGACGACGGCGACCAAGAUCGGAGCGUCGUUUCAGAAAAGAACCCUGCCAUGUUCACCGACAUUCCACAAAAGCCCCCGCCAUCGCCUGGCCACUACCGUGGACACAAUCCCCAGGGCUCGGCAGAUUCUUACUCAUCCAUGGCCAUCCUAAUGGGUCGCGUGAACCCAGCAAAGGGUCCGGCCAGGAAAGAUAGUAGCGAAUUCGGACGACACUCUGUUGCAUCUAUCCACAAGUAUUUCAAGAGCACCAUCAGCAAGCCCAUUCCCCAGGAUGACAGCAAUCCCAUACUACAUGAUGAACACAAUGGCACCUCUGAUCCUGCCGCAGCUGAGCCUCAGUCUAGAAACCGGAACCUGGCGCCGACAAAUGCCGAUGGCACACGGCGGAGUUCUGGUUGGAAUCGUUACUGGUCAGGGGGGAGCUCUCUACAAAUCCUCGGAUUUGGCGGUAAGCGCAACACCUCGGCUUCAGACCAGAGUUCGCAGUACUCCCAAAGCUCUGCUCAGAACCCCAGCAGAAAGACUCAGGAUUCCGCGACAGUGCCGCCUCUGAACUUUGAGGGGAGGACGGCAAUGCAACGUGUCAACUCGGGAAGCCCCGUCGUUACUGGCCAUGGGCACAAACUCCCAUUUGGCGAGGGGAUUCCUGUCAAAAUCGAACGACCCUCGUCACGAGCCUCUUCAGGGGGCUACUCCAGCGGCAUUCCCGAGAGCGUGAACGAGGCUUGGGAUCCUCCCGGCUCCGACGCUCGCGAGAAGUCAUGGGGUCACGAUCGAGCCCCCAGUAGCGUCUACAACUCUGGUUUCAAUUUUGGCACCGCUCUGGGGCCUACCGAUGCACAGCGACCCUCGCCACCCUCGGGUGUGAGCCAGCAGCCACAGCUGUCGAUGGCGUCCAAGUCAUCGGACAUGAGCUGGCUGAAUCUUGGUAGCCAAAAUCGCGAUCAAAACCGGUACACGCAGUGGCCAGCUACCGGUCCGAGUCAAGCGUAA